AUGGACGGCCGAAGUCUUCUCGCCCAAGCCCAAAAGCAGGAAGCUGCAUCAGCAGGUGGUUUCAGCUGGUUCGGUGCCAGCAAGCAGGAUAAGCUCGAACAAGCCAUCGAACUAUACGCUCAAGCCGCAAAUGCAUUUCGAACAUCCGGUCAAGGCUCCGAAGCCGGCGCCGCCUUCGAAAAGGCCGCAGCUCUAAGCAAAUCGAUCAACGAACCCAACGAUGCCGCAAACUAUCUCACCGAGGCCUUCAAAUCCUACAAAAAGACAAACCCGGCUGAUGCUGCAAGGACUUUAAGCCAAGCUAUCGAACAUUACGCUCUUACCAACGUUCGACGAGCAGCAACACAGAAACAGACUCUUGCAGAGCAUUUGGAAACAGAUCCUGCUACGAAACCAGAGGCUAUCAAGGAAUAUGAGAAGGCCGGGGAGUGGUUUAGCAAUGAUAAUGCUGAGGCACUGGCGAAUAAAUGCUACAUCAGAGCCGCAGAUAUCUCAGCUGAAACUGGCGAUUACCACCGAGCAAUCAAUCACUACGAACGAAUUGCUGAAGUUUCGGUCAAUAAUAAUCUCAUGAAAUGGAGCGUUAAGGAAUAUCUGUUCAAAGCUGCACUUUGCCAUUUGGCUACAAAGGAUAUUGUGGCUACCAAAAGGGCACUUGAAGGACAGUAUCCUGCUCUUGACCCGGCAUUUAGCCCACCCUCUAUGGAAUGCUUGUUCUUGAAGAACCUCCUCGAAUCUGUCGAAAACGGCGAACCUCAGGGCUUCUUCAACAACGUGAUGCAAUACAAAGAACGAUAUCCAUUGGACAACUGGAAACUCGACAUACUCGCCAAAACACAGAAGAGUAUCGAAGAGGCUGCCGACGACUUGACUUAG